GCGAGCGGGAGAGACAGCGGCAGAGCCCGGCGGCCACCAUGGAGCUGGCGAUGGAGAACCUGGGCAGCCUGCACGGUGUCCCGCACUCGCAGCCCGCAGAGCUGCUGAGCCCGGCGCACGGGAGGCAGGGCUCGCACCGCAACCUGGUACCGCACGGCCGGCCCGCCAUGGUCUCGGGUAUGGCCUCCAUCCUGGAGGGGGGUGACUACCGCGCCGAGCACAGCCUGGCCGCCCCGCUGCACCCCGCCAUGAGCAUGUCCUGCGAGUCGCCCUCCGGCAUGAGCUUGAGCAGCACCUACACCACGCUGACUCCCCUGCAGCACCUGCCGCCCAUCUCCACCGUCUCGGAGAAGUUCCACCACCCGCACCACCACCACCACCAUCACCACCCGCACCAGCGCUUGGCCGGCAACGUGAGCGGCAGCUUCACCCUCAUGCGCGACGAGCGGAGCCUGGCCUCCAUGGGCAACCUCUACAGCCACUACCCCAAGGACAUGCCGGCCAUGGGGCAGCCCCUCUCCCCGCUGCCCAACGGCCUGGGCAGCCUGCACAAUGCCCAACAGCCGCUGGCUCCCUAUGGCCCCGGGGGCCACUUGCCCAACGAGAAGAUGCUCUCGCCCAACGGCUUCGACUCUCACGCCGCGAUGCUGUCCCGGGGCGAGGAGCACUUGGCGCGGGGGCUGGCGGCGCCCAGCUCGGCCAUGAUGCCACCGCUCAACGGGAUGCACCCGCACGGCCACCCGCACGGCCAGCCCGGAGGGGCCCUCCUGGGCGAGCGGGAGAGGCAGGCCUCGGCCACCGGCUCCCAGCCCGGCGGCUCCGGGCAGGUGGAGGAGAUCAACACCAAGGAGGUGGCUCAGAGGAUCACGGCCGAGCUGAAGCGCUACAGCAUCCCGCAGGCGAUCUUCGCGCAGAGGAUCUUGUGCCGCUCCCAGGGGACCCUCUCGGACCUGCUGCGGAACCCCAAGCCCUGGAGUAAGCUCAAGUCAGGCCGGGAGACUUUCCGGAGGAUGUGGAAAUGGUUGCAGGAGCCGGAAUUUCAGAGGAUGUCGGCGCUCAGGCUGGCCGGAGCUUUUCCACGUGGUUUGAGCUGUGGAGGUCUCAGGGGUGCAGGCCAGGUCCCCACAGCGACUUGCAAACGCAAAGAGCAAGAGCAGCAGAAAGACAGGAGCCUGCAGCCCAAGAAGCAGCGGCUGGUCUUCACGGACCUCCAGCGCCGCACCCUGAUCGCCAUCUUCAAGGAGAACAAGCGCCCAUCCAAGGAGAUGCAGAUGACCAUCUCGCAGCAGCUGGGCUUGGAGCUCAACACCGUCAGCAACUUCUUCAUGAAUGCCCGCCGGCGGUGUAUGAACCGCUGGCAGGAGGAGCCAGGCGCCAACCCUGGAGUCCCCUCUUCUUCUACAAGCACUUUCUCCAAAGCAUGAUGUCCCCCAGCCCUCCCUGCCCCUUCUUGGACAUCCUCCUCAUGACAAAGCCAACCCCAGACUCACACGCAUGUCCCGAGCCAACCAGGGUGGGUGCUUUUGGAUGCUGCAGGUCCAUCAGCCUCCCAAACCCUCAGCCAGGCAUCACCCCUGGACAUCGGCCUCAUGCCACAUCCUGCUGCCAUGUCCUCCCAGCUCGUGGGGCAGGGAAAGGGUUUGCAACCAGAUCAGCUCCAUACCUGGGAGGGCUCGGAGGAAACCUGUGUGGAGCAAGAAAUGACUUGGGAUGGAGGAAGAGGGCGAGGGGCUGUUUGGAUGCAUCCCUGGUCCUCAAGGACCACAAAACGUUGUCUUCACCUGCCCACCAGGGUCACUGGGGAGAGGGACAUGUCCUGACCCUACCCAAACCUCAAUCUGUGCCACAGCCAUCCUUAUGGCUCCCAUGGUGGAGGGGGAAAGGUGGGGGAGAUACAAGAAGUGGAGU